AUGGUCGUUGCAGGAAUAUAUUUUCUCACCGUUGAUCUCGCCUUUUACUUUAUUCAUUUUUUCACUUCACGGGUCCACGUGACUAAUCCAGCAGAAGACUUGUUGUUUAUCAGCGCCACACAAGCUGUCAAGAAAAUCAUUAGACGGGAGGUUGAUUCAACCACUUUUGAGGUCAACCCCAUGAUUAAUGCUGUGGUGAUAAAAAAUUUCGACGAAGCUUGCGAGAAGGCACGAAAAGUGGAUGAAAAAGUUAGCGCUGCAUCAGAUAGUGAAUUAGACGAGCUUGUUCGGUCGAAACCUUUACUUGGUGUACCGUUCACAAUGAAAGAUGCUCUGUUGGUCGAUGGUUUUGUAAUAACAUGCGGCAUUUUUAAUCGGAAAGAUGAUCGUUGCAGCAAGACAGCAGAAUCGAUAAUUAUUUCGUUAAGGAUGAUUGCUGCAGGCGGGAUUCUCCUAGCAAUUACGAACGUUCCGGAAGUUUGUAUGUGGGUGGAGACUUGCAACACAAUAUAUGGCCGAACUAUGAAUCCAUAUGAUACGCGAAGAAUGGCCGGUGGAAGCAGCGGAGGCGAAGGCGCAUUGCUGGGCGCAGCUGGAAGUCUUAUUGGAAUAGGAAGCGACAUCGGUGGUUCGAUUCGUAUGCCGGCGUUUUUUAAUGGAAUCUUUGGCAUGAAGACGACACCAGGAAUUAUUCCCUUGGAUGGGCACAUACCAGCAGCUACGCAUUAUAAAGCUCAGAUGUUGCGAAUUGGACCAAUGUGUCGGUUUGCUGAGGAUAUUCCGUUAUUAAUCAAGGUAAUGGGCGGCGAUCGGGUGCCGUCGUUAAAACUCGAUGAACCGGUGUUUAUGAGCAAACUGCGGAUUUUCUACAUGGAGGGUAUCCAUGAUGUACCACUGAUGCAGCCCCUAAGCAGUGAUAUGAGGGCUACGCUUCGAAAAGCAGUCGGAUAUUUUGAGCGUAAGUACGAUCUAAUCGCCCAUCGUCUUGAUUUGCCACUGGUUCGCUACGCAGUGGAAAUGUUCAUGGUCAGCAUGUACGUCAAAGGGGGCCCUAAACUUUCUGAGUACAUGCUUUGUGCUGAGGCUUCGAAAGGACAUGUGAACACAUUCGUAGAGUUGGUAAAGUUUUUUCUGGGAAGAUCGAAUCACACAUUACCUGGCAUAAUUGGUGCGAUUAUUGAUAACACAGAUGCGCUGAGCUACAAGCGUGAUCUACUGAUACGUGAGCUGAAGGAACUAUUGGGCUCUGAUGGAAUAUUUCUUUUUCCUAGUUGGCCAUCUACCGCUCUAUUCCAUAAUCAACCUCUCCUUGCCCCUAUAAACUUUGCUUAUACGGCGUUAUUCAACGCAAUCGCUUUCCCAGCUAUUCAGUGUCCGAUGGGUUUGGAUAAGAAUGGUCUUCCAUUGGGAGUUCAAAUCGUUGCUGCACCAAAUUCCGACCGAUUACUUAUCGCUGCUGCAAAAGAUCUCGAGGAAGGUUUCGGUGGCUGGGUGCCGACUGGUCCUUCGAUUUAA